AAAAUUUUCCUGCCUUCUUUUCAGGAUUUAUUUGGUGUGAGCAUGGUUGUUCCUUUGAUGAACCUUCACAUCAAGUCUCUAGGAGCAAGUCAUACGGUUGCUGGAAUAAUAGGAUCUCUCUAUGGCAUAAUGCAACUAUUUUCCAGCACAUAUGUGGGCUGCUGGAGUGAUGUGGUAGGAAGACGAUAUUCCCUGCUUGCUUGUAUUCUUCUCAGUGCACUGGGUUACUUCCUUCUUGGAACAUCCACCACCGUGUUACUCUUUGCCAUUUCUAGAGUCCCCGUAGGUAUUUUCAAACACACACUCUCCAUCUCUAAAGCCUUGCUUUCUGACUUGGUUUCUGAAAGAGAUCGCCCUUUAGUGAUGGGACGCUUCAACGCAGCCUCUAGUGUGGGCUUCAUCCUGGGGCCUGUUGUUGGUGGCUACCUUACGGAGUUAGAAGGUGGCUUUUAUCAAACGUCCUUCAUCUGUGCCUCCAUCUUCCUUCUGAAUGCUGGUCUUGUCUGGAUGUUACCUUGGAGUGAAGAAAACACUGGCAAUAGGGAACAUCAGCAAGACAGCAAGGGAACAGACAAUUUCUCAGCAAAAGCAAAUUGUGAACGAGACUUGAAAUCAGAAACUAGCAGAGCCGUGGCAAGCGACAGUCUUCUCCUGUCUCCGUGGUUCCAAUUUGCAACAGUGCUGAAGAGGAUUAAAGGAAUUGCGUGCUCUGAUCUGUGGGAUAUAUUUUUAGUGCGGUUCCUCAUGUCUGUUGCUAUUCUGCUGUAUUAUAGUAAUUUUAGUCUGGCCUUGGAGGAGAGAUUUGGGGUGAAACCCUUGUUUGCUGGAUACCUCAUGAGCUAUAGCAGCGCACUUGGAGUUCUGGCUGGUUGUCUGCUCGGACCAAUAACAAGACUCUAUCAGCACAACACUUACAGACUUCUGUUGCAUUCCAGCACUUUUACCUGCACGUUGAUUUUUCUGUACACGUCCGCGCUGAGCAUAUGGAUGGUCAUUUUAUCUUCCACAUUCUUAGCCUUUUCGACUACGAUAGGUCGUACUUGCAUCAUCGAUCUUGAAUUGACCAUUGGUGGGGCCGAGGCCAGCGGUACGCUCCUAGGUGUUGGACAGUCCGUGACAUCAGUGGGACGUAUACUUGCCCCGCUCCUCUCAGGAAUUUCUCAGGAGUUUAGUCCUUGUGGCCCUCCGAGUCUAGCAGUUGGACUAGCUUUAAUAGCUAUUCUCAUAAUGAACGUGAACAAACAAAAAUACUGUGGCCAUGGAAAUGUUAAGUUAAAAAAUCAAUAG